UCUGAGCAGAAUUUGAAACUGUAGAACCGGUGGCGGACAAGAGCCGAAUCCACAAUCUUACCGAAUUCGACUCAGUUCAGAAUGUAGUAACUACAUUAGCGUGUUUACUUUUCUUUCAUCUGCCUUUAGACUUUAUUUUUAGACAGUUUCUCAGUUGAAAGACAGUUGUUAUUCUCGUGAGAAAAGGAAGACUGUCCGCACUGAACUUUUAGGUCGUGAUUUUGACGUCCGUGGAAAGGAAGCGCUGGCUGUAGCCGUCGGGUUUGAACGAGAUGAGACGAAUUUCCGUCUACAUUAGUCUGUAUGUAAAGGACAGAAUUUAAUCUGGGAGUUUUAGCUGAUUCAUUGAGGGCUAAGUGUGCUAAGCCGUGCUAGCUGCUGGAGACUAGCAUCGGUUAUCGCGAACAAACUGAACUAAACCCUCUCCGAUAAAACGGCUUCGUGUAGCUUCAACAGAAUAACAGCGAACUUAAUUAUUUCCCUUUCAGUCUCUUCCAACGUUAACGGCGUAUUCAUCAUGUUAAGAGUCCUGUAGUGUUUUUUUUUUCCUUCUCUCUACUGGUGGUGACUCUGAACAUGAGCUGUGUGCUGGUGAAGUGAUAAUAACCAGUCAGCACUCUUCACUGGAUACUCGCAGGAUCCUCGCCGGAGUUUAGUGGUGAUGGCACGGAGGAGGUUGGACAGUCGCAGUGGAUCCUCGGCUCUGCUGUCAGAGAUCCACACACAGAUCCACACGGAUACUCUGGACGCGGUGUUUGACAUGAACAACGAGCUGGGCAGAGGGAAGUUUGCAGUGGUGAAGAGGUGUGUUGAAAAGGCCACAGGGAAAGUCUUUGCUGCAAAGUUCAUCAAGAAGCGGCGACGAGGUCGAGACUGUAGAGCUGAGGUCAUUCAUGAGAUCGCUGUUUUGGAAGCAGCAAAGAACAACCCUCGUGUAGUGAACCUGCACGCUGUGCAUGAGACCGAUCAUGACCUCGUUCUACUGCUAGAAUAUGCGGCGGGUGGUGAGAUAUUUGACCACUGUUUGUCAGAGGAGCUGCUGCCCGAGGGUCAGAUCACUCGUCUGAUCAGACAGACACUAGAGGGAAUUCAUCUACUACACCAGAGCAGUGUGGUCCAUCUGGACUUGAAGCCCCAGAACAUUCUCCUGACCAGUCUUAGCCCAUUGGGGGAUAUAAAGAUUGUGGAUUUUGGACUGGCCCGCAGGUUGGGUUCAGCUGGAGAACUCCGAGAGAUUCUGGGCACCCCUGAGUUUGUAGCCCCCGAGAUCCUGAACUAUGAGCCAAUCACAACAGCAACAGACCUUUGGAGUGUGGGUGUUAUAACCUACAUGCUGGUGACAGGAGAGUCUCCCUUCGCUGGCGAUGAUAAACAGGAGACAUUUCUAAAUGUAUCUCAGGUGAACGUGGACUACAGCAGAGAGGCAUUCUCAAGGGUCUCUGAGCUGGCUGUCGACUUCAUCCGGAAAUUGCUGGUCAAAGCACCAGAGGAUCGUCCCAGUGCAGCAGACUGCAUGACCCAUCCCUGGCUGUGGCUCCAUUGUACAGGUUCUGAUCUGAUCCCUGUAACCCCACGCACUCCCCGGGAAAGGAAUUUCGGUGGGAAAUGGUCUGCGCCACCCGAGGACCCUGAAGACAAAGAGAACAUUCUGGAAUCACCACACGCCAAGAGAUUUCGUUUUGAAGAGGAUAUGUCUGCCACAGGGGAUGGUGAACACUUAUGCUGAUCCAAAAGGGAAUUGCACUUGCACUGAAUAGCAACAUUUCUAAUUUUUGGUCCUUUUUGUUGGCCUGAGGACUCUCCCAUGCAGCACCAGCACAAAUGCUUCUCUCCUAAUGCUGUUUUUACCAUCCUUUGGCCACACCAAAGAUGAUCUUUACACAAAAGGGCCAAGUCUGGUGUAAUAUUAUAUAUUAAUAUUAUUAUAGUGAAAUUCUAAAAUUUAUGUCACUGUCCUGUUUCAAGAUUUUGAGUUGUUUUUUCCUGUCUUAUUCUGAUUUUAAAUGUAUAAUUUGAAUAUGUUAUUUGUUUUUUAAUGCCAUUCAUUAUCUUGACCGUAAUUCCAUUACUCUACUCAAAGCAACAAUGACAAGCUACUAAAGCAACAAAAAGGAGGGAUUUGAAAACAUGUGACAGACAGUGCACAUUCCAUGUUUUUUAUUUCGCUUUAUUUAUGAAGGACCUGAGAUUUUGAGCACAUAAUAUAUUUUAAAAUGAGUUUUUCUGCUUGUACACAAUAUAAUGUUUUUCUGUGUUUUAGUGUCAAUAGGAUGAUAUUUAAAUUAAUAAUUUUAAAUUCACAGUUCAUUGUUUUGGUUGUAUGAUUAGACCCCUGUUGAUUCAAAAGUGAAACUUAAAAAUGUUCAGUAUCGGAAUGCUCACUGUUUAUGGGGUUGUUUUGAAUUACAUCCUCUUAAUUGUCAUAUUGAAACAUCAGCGAGCUUCAUAAAAAUGUGUCUCAACACAGGCACAACACACCCUAGAUUACACAAAUAUGUGUUUGUAUUCGAACUUCCUCCUAGAGAAUGACUAUAAAAAUGCAGGAAAGCGCUUAAACCCCUUAUUGUAUGAGAAUGUCACUAAAAUAAGAGAAAACAGAAGAUUUUUAACAGUAUUGAAUUUAGUGAAUUAAGUGUAUCUAUUGAUUUUAAAAUGAAAAUUAUCCUCUUAUACUAUUUCCUUUUUUUACUGCCAUCAUAUUGUAUAAUAAAUGUAUUCUACGAGCAUUGAAUGCUGUUCUUAAGCAACAUUCUAGAAUUCCCUACAGCAGGCCUAAUGGCGUAUUAAUUUGGGAGCCUAUGAUAUGCAUAAUUUUUAAAUGACAAUUAAUUUUAUCUAUGCACCAAUCUGAGGUAACUCAGGGUUUUUUGAUUUGUUACCUUUUUGUAGAGAUGUAUUAAGCUAAUGUCAUUAACCAUGGAGGUAUCAGUACUUGUUCAUUCCAAGCCUUGUUCUCAGGGUUAGCUGUAACUGCACAGUUUACCAGAAUGUUUCUUGAGUGCCUUUCUGUGCAGUUUUUCUGUGUUUAUGAGCUGGACACCCUCACUUAAUCUCGUAGUACAAAUACAGCACAUUUCACCAUUGAUAUUGAUAGAUCCAACACACUUUUUGUCAAGUUGGACUAAAAGCUAUGAACUUGGUAAUUAAAGAUAUAUGCAGUGGGAAAUGGAAAGGAAAAAGCAAAGAAAAAGUGUUAAUUGUCAAUGGAAAAGUGUUUAAGUUAUAUUAAUAGUCUUAGGUAAAAAAUAUUGUCAUGCUCUACAUAUUCUAUGUAAAGAGUUGGCUGUUGGUUUUGGUGCACAAGGAUGCGAUUUUGAUAUUUGGAUUUUGUUGGAUUAUGUUCAGAUAGUAAAGUAUGUUUGGUUAUGAUGAAAGUAAGGUAUAUGUGUUCUGGAAUGAAAUUGAAUUGAAGGCAAAGGAAUGUUAGAAUAAGCAAAACUGAUAUUAUGGUGCAAAACAGAUUGGAAUAAGAAUGCACAUCACAAAGUGUGCAGUAAAGCAAUGAAAACAAGGCUUUUUUAAUUUUAUUUAAUACUGUAUAUUGUUGAUUGCUUUUGCAACUGGUUGUUAGAACUGGAAUUGUUAGUAUGUCAGUAUUCAGUCUUGGAGGUUGAGGCCUUCAGCUUUUUGUUCUCUGUUUAAGAGGUGUGAAGAGCUCAUCUGUGUUUGUGUGCUCAGGGCUUUAUGGGUUCCAAGAGAUGUCACCAGCAUGCACUCAUAAUAGGCCUAUUGUCUCCCAAGACGACAGGCUCUUGUCAUGGUCGUGUGCUCACUGUAUGCUGUCAUCUUAAAGGAAAACUUGAAUCUAUUCAAUCUAUUUCCCCUGCCUGGGGAAGCUUAGAUGUGGGUAAGGGAUGUGAGGUGUUUGAAGAUGGAAUUCAUUAGAGAAUAGGCCAGGCUUUCGAAUGCAUUUCAAAACAGUCAUUGUGGUUUUACAGAAAGCUUGCCAUGUCUUGACACAUACUUUGUAACGUUGCAAGGGGACACUUAAGGGAUAAACUUUGUAGAUAAUUGUCCUACUUUUCUAGGAGUGGCAGGAUAUGGGAAAAUUACUGGAUGCUUCAUUUGAUUAUUAAAUUUGUGUAUUUUGAAAUGUACUGGAAUAAAUGAGUGUAGCCAUUGCAAAGUCUUGUAAAGGAUGCACCCUUAAUAUAGAUUUGAUAUUACUAAUUUUAUGGACAAAUUCACAAGUUUAACAAAUUCAGUGAUCAAACAUUUCCCAUUUAUUUUAUAAUGAGACAUGAUAGCCCUCACACAUCCACAUUAUGAUUUAUUUUAAUAAUUUAAAAGGGUAUAAUAUCUAAAACUUGUUCUGAUACCUGGACUGAAUAAAUUUGUAUAUUUCUGAAAUUCACCAUUGGACUCCUUUUUCUCAAUGUCAAUGGAAAUGUAUAAAUGUAGAGCUACUGCCUUAAAGUUCAAGGAUAGUUAAGCUAUAGAGAAUAGGUGAGUGAAGAUCAGACCAAUUUUUCCAGGUUUACCU